AUGGUUCGGAGAAGUUGGCUGGACGUACUGCUUACUGCGGUCAUACUGCUACCAGCAGUCAACGCUGAUCUGCCCACUGAACUGGAUCCAUUCCUUGAAGUGCUGUUCGACGUUAAAGAGUGUGACUCCUUCCUCUCCGGCGACUACACAUCCGUGGCCACAAAAGACUGCCCUCCGUAUAAAUGCGACUUCCCACUGCAAGUAUGUAUGCGACCGAAUGCUCAAUACCAAGAAGCCAGUGCGAACGAAUGCCGUCCGGUACCUACAGAUUGUUUGACGGCAGCGAACGGAGGCAAACCAGUCGCCUCAUCUCUACUGCCCAUCCCAACUCCAACACCAACAAUUUCGAGGACAGGAGACAAAUCGCGAAAAGAAAUGGGUGGAUUUGGAGGAUUUGGCGUUGGAAAGACCGUGAAUCCGAUGCCGAUCAAUCCAACAGAUAUCUGUGAAAUGGGACCACCAAACGGGCGGUUUUGUGGAUUCAGAGUCAUGUAUACGUAUAAUAAGGAAACGUUGCAAUGUGAUGAAUUCUGGUUUCCCGGAUGUACAACGGAGGAAACGAAUGCAAAUCUAUUCAGCGACCUCCGAUCAUGUCAAAAAUUGGCGGAUAUGUGCAAAGUAAGAUCCACUCCAUCUCCGCCGCUUGUGCUCACACCGGAUCCACCAACAUCAACAACAAUGUGGACACCUCGACCUCCUCCCACUCCGCCACCAACAGCAUCACCAUUACUACCUGGCCUCAUGGGUAGAUAUGGUGGUCGAAUAAAACCACGUCGUAUUGGAGUGGCAGGAUUGGGAGGCAGACAUAUAGGACUAGGUGGUGGAGGCGGCAUGGGAGGCGGGUUUGGAGGAAUGGGAGGAGGACAUGGACGAAUGGGAGGUGGACCAUCACAAGUAAUAGGAGGAGGACUACCACAAGGAAUGGGAGGAGGACUACCACAGGGAAUGGGAGGAGGAGGAGGAUCGCAAGAGCUCGGAGGAAGUGGAGGACCAUUUGGCACAUUUCCUGGUCUAGGAAGCGCUCUCGGUGGUCCGUCUCCGACGGUCGCUCCAACCAAUGGAGGAGAUGGAGAGGAUCUCGGUUUGCUUGGGCUUAUUCAACAGUCGUUGAAGAACGCACAGGCCAUAAGGCAAGGUGGUCCUCAAGGGAAAGAGGCAGCUGCCGCAGCUGCUGGACAAAUUCUGCAGCAGUUUACGGGCUUCGAUCUCAAUAAUAUAGGAGGAAACUUUGGAAAUUUAUUUGGAAGAUAG